AUGGCAGAAUAUUGGAAAUCAGCACCCCGAUUUUGGUGCAAACAAUGCAAGAUCUUCAUUCGCGACACACCCUUUGAAAAGACCCAGCACGAAGCGAGUCCCAAGCACCAAGGCAGCCUCAAGCGCUUCUUAAGAGAGAUCCACAAAAACAAUGAGAUCAAACAGAAGGAGACCCUGCGAGCGAAAAAUGAAGUCGAGCGUUUGCGACAAGCUAUCGGAGGUGGCCCCGCUCCGUCGAAGCCCGAGGGCAAAUCUGGGAAGCCAGAGGCUGCACCAGCGCCCGGACCUGCCCAGCGGUUCGUAGGUGCGGAGGAAAGGAAGAAACAAAUGGCCCAGUUGGCAGAGCUAGGUGUAGCCAUCCCCGAAGAGUAUCGAGCGGACAUGGCGUUGGCUGGAGAAUGGCAAACGCUCUCAGAGACCAACGUCGAUUCCCAGGAAGGAUUGGAAGGCGCAGCAAAAUCCAUUGGAAUCCGCAAACGUAAACACAAUGGCGAGGAGGAGGAAGAGGGGGUCAGCGGGAAUCCAUCCGAGCGACUUGUGAGUAAAGGGUGGGGUUCAAGGAUGAAGAUAUACCCUGGUGCAGAGGAUGACGAUGAAGAUUUGGACGCUCUCCUCGCAUCGACGAAGGAUCUAAAGAAAAAUAAGACCCCGGCACCAGAUUCCGAGUCUAAUGACCGGUAUUCCACCGAAGAGCAUAAGCCCGAGCUUCCAUCAGCCUUGAAAGAGGAAGAGAGUGUUAUUUCGAAUACGCACGAGACCACUGACAAGGCUCGCACUAAGGUGGAAGACACUGCUUCAACGUCCCAACUCGAUUUCAAAGAACUAGCCGAUGAGACACCUGGCCCGGUUUUCAAAAAACGCAAGGCUAAAGUCAUGAGGAAAUAG